AUGGCGGACAAGGAAGCAACUGUGUAUAUUGUGGACGUUGGGAGGUCCAUGGCAGAAUGUCGCAAUGGCCGUUCAGUGACUGAUUUUGAAUGGGCCAUGCAGUAUGUCUGGGACCGCAUUACAGGGACAGUGGCCACCGGCCGUAAAACUGCCAUGAUGGGUGUGAUCGGACUCAGGACAGUUGAAACGUCCAACGAACUCGAAGAUGACUUGCAUUUCUCUAACAUCUCAGUUCUGUCAAACAUCAAACAGUUUCUUAUGCCGGACAUUCGAAAACUGGAGGAUGAAUUGAAGCCGAGCAAAACGGACAAGGGAGACGCUAUUUCUGCUAUCAUCUUGGCAAUUCAGAUGAUCAUCACUCAUUGCAAGAAGUUGAAGUACAGGCGCAAGAUCGUCUUGGUCACCAACGGACAGGGGCGCAUGAGCGAUGAGGACCUGGACGAAAUAGUGAAAAAGGUCAAGGAGGAUAAUAUCGAACUUGUUGUUAUGGGGAUUGAUUUCGAUGACCCUGAGUAUGGUUACAAGGAAGAAGACAAAGACCCUCGCAAGGCCGAAAAUGAAACUCUCUUGCGUACCCUCGUGGAAGAUUGUGAUGGAGUCUAUGGAACAUUCGAGCAGGCUGUGGCUGAAUUGGACAUUCCCCGUGUCAAGUCUGUUAGGUCAAUGGCAAGCUUCAAAGGAUAUCUCCAACUAGGUAACCCAGAGGAGUAUGACUCUGCUCUCCGCAUUCCUGUCGAAAGGUACUACCGGACUUACCCGGCCAAGCCGCCGACCGCAAGUUCUUUCGUCCUGCGCUCAGAGCCUGAAGCUGGGCAGGAAGAGGCGGAUUCAUCUGAGGCUGCUGCUGCCCAAAAAGGGAGCCAGUCUGGUGAUGCUGGACUCACGACUGUGAGAACCAUGAGAACAUAUCAAGUUGAAGACAAAAGUGCACCGGGUGGGAAAAUCGACAUCGAACGAGAUGACCUCGCCAAAGGAUAUGAGUAUGGACGGACAGCAGUUCACAUUAGCGAAACUGAUGAGAACAUCACGAUACUCGAUACUUUCGCAGGGAUGGAGUUGAUGGGCUUCAUCCAGACAGACCAGUAUCAACGUUAUAUGCACAUGUCCAACACAAACAUCAUAAUCGCACAACGUGCCAACGACAAGGCAGCUCUUGCCCUUUCAUCCUUUAUACACGCGCUUUUUGAGCUAGAAUGCUAUGCUGUUGCUCGUCUAGUUAUGAAAGAGAACAAACCUCCAAUUAUAGUCUUGCUCGCGCCCUCGAUCGAGCCUGAUUAUGAGUGCCUUCUCGAAGUCCAGUUACCAUUCGCGGAAGAUGUCCGAACGUAUCGCUUCCCUCCUCUGGAUAAGGUGAUUACUGUUUCUGGAAAGGUUGUGACGCAACAUCGGAAUCUUCCUAAUGACGAUUUACUCGAUGUGAUGGGCAAGUACGUGAAUAGUAUGGAGCUUGUCGACACAGAUGAAGAUGGGAAUCCAGUGGAGACCUUCCCUAUCGACGACUUGUACUCGCCUGUUUUGCACCGGAUUGACACCGCCAUCCGUGCUCGGGCCAUACAUCCUGACCAGCCCAUACCUCCUCCUUCAGAGAGACUGACAAAAUUCUCACAUCUGCGAGAGGAUCUCAUUCAGAAAUCGCAGAAACACCUAGAGAAAUUGAUCGAGAUAGCCGAUGUUAAGAAGGUUCCUCCCAAAGCGAAGGGCCGCAAGCGCACUCGCGAAACCGAGAAGCCCCUCUCUGGACUCGACGUCGACGCCCUGCUUCAUCAUGAAAAGCGCGCCAAGAUAUCUCCCAACAAUGCCAUUCCCGAAUUCAAGCAGACUCUUGCACAAGCCGAGAAUAUUGAGGCCAUCAAAGACGCUACAAAGCAGAUGAUGACCAUCGUUGAAGAUCAAAUCAAACACAGUCUCGGUGAUGCUAACUACGACCGGGUCAUUGAAGCGCUGGGAAUGAUGCGUGAUGAGUUGGUAUCUUACGAAGAGCCUACCUCGUACAAUGACUUCCUGGGCCAGCUCAAAGAUAAGUUGUUGCAGGAGAAGCUUGGAGGAGAUCGAGAAGAGUUGUGGUGGCUUAUUCGACGAAGCAAGUUGGGACUUGUCACUCAGCGCGAGUCGGAUCAAUCUAGGGUUACCGAUACGGAGGCCAAAGAAUUCAUGUCCGCAAAAUGA